ACCUCCACACUUACACCGGCGUCACUAACUUUCAUAAUAAGGAUGUUGUCAGCUGCUGUACUGUUGGCACUGGUGACUGUAUCUGUGGCUUCUGAAGGAGCAAAGUGGAAGUACGGGGAAACAGACCGUCACGGUUAUGGUCCACCUGACUGGGGUAAAGUUUCAAAAUACUGCGAUUACACCGCCCAGUCCCCCAUAAAUAUCGAGACUCCGGUUAAGAAAGAUGCAAGUCUCAAGGGACUCAGAAUUACAACCAAGAAUAGAAAUGGAAGGGUCAGCGGAGACAUAAAAAACAAUGGUCAUGCGCCUACCCUAACUAUUGACAAAGGCAAGGCUAGACUCACCGGGGGUCCCCUUGGAGAUAGCGUGUAUAUGCUCCAGCAGUUCCACUUUCAUUUCGGUUGUGAUUACGACGAAGGAUCAGAACACCUCGUGAACGGAAAGGCAUAUCCUGGAGAGCUCCAUUUGGUGACUUAUAACACAAAGUACGCUGAUUUUGAUACCGCUGCGUCCCAAUCCGAUGGACUGGCUGUGAUUGGCGUUUUCUUUGAGGAAACGAAGAAAAGAGAAAAAGGGAAAGGAAAAAAGCACUAUACCAUCCGCAAACUUUACUCAGCUCUGAAAAAAAUAAAGGACGUUGGUGCCGAAGCUUCAGUCAAAAACAUAGCGCUGCUCGACUUGGUUCCAGAACUGAAAGAUCUCUCAUCGUUCUACUCCUACAAGGGUUCCCUUACCACCCCUCCCUGUUAUCAAUCAGUUAACUGGAUUGUACUGAAAGAACCCAUCAAACUCCGUAGUUUUGUGUUCGGCGCCAUGAGGAGACUGAAAAACGGAGAGGGAGGCCUUAUGUGUGGAAACUUCAGACCACCUCAGAAACUCAACGGACGUGUUGUUUCUGAACUCGACGGAACCGGGGGUCCCCUUGGAUAUAGCGUGUUUAUGCUCCAGCAGUUCCACUUUCAUUUCGGUUGUGAUUACGACGCGGGAUCAGAACACCUUGUGAACGGAAAGCCAUAUCCUGGAGAGCUCCAUUUGGUGACUUAUAACACAAAGUACGCUGAUUUUGAUACCGCUGCGUCCCAAUCCGAUGGACUGGCUGUGAUUGGCGUUUUCUUUGAGGAAAAGAAGAAAGGAGAAAAAGGGAAAGGAAAAAAGCACUAUUAUGCCCUCCUCAAACUUUACUAUGCUCUGAGAAGAAUAAGGGAUUUUGGUGCCGAAGCUUCAGUCAGAUACAUAGCACUGCUCGACUUGGUUCCUGAACUGAAAGACCUCUCAUCGUUCUACUCCUACAAGGGUUCCCUUACCACCCCUCCCUGUUAUCAAUCAGUUCGCUGGAUUGUACUGAAAGAACCCAUUAAAUUCCCUGGUCCUUUGUUCGGCGCCAUGAGGAGAUUGAAAAACGGAGAGGGAGGCCCCAUGUGUGGGAACUUCAGACCACCUCAGAAACUCAACGGACGUGUGGUUUCUGAAUUCGACGGAUGAGCUCAAGAAUCAACUCGCAAUAGCUUAACACUACAGUAGUUGAUUUAGAUUCUCCAAGAGAAUAUAAACAGUUUAUAAUCUCCUAGAUACUCUUAGCUAGAUUGAGUGACGUAUUUUGGAGGUUUCUUUCUUAA